GGAACGCGACAAUUCUGCCCAUAUAAAUCGAACCGCAGCAUGUUAAAUUAAAAUAAAAGCAUCGGCUGUAUUGAAUCCGUUAUGAGCUGGAUUAUCAAGCUAAUAUUGAAUAAAAUUAUUUCCUUUUUCCUACUACAUAGAAGAUCCCUUUGAUGAUAUUCAAAGGAAUACAAUAUUCGCUGCGUAGGUAGAGAAAUCCACAAUGGCCUCUAAAAAACUGGCCACCACCAGCGAGCUAAACGAACUCGAAUAUGCUAUUCAGGAUAUCAGAGGAGCUCGUUUUAAAUUUCCAGUUUCUUUAGAGACAUUCAAACGACAUAUUAACUAUGAUGAGCUCAUAAGACCGAUAUUGAUGAAAGCUGCACAAGACGAAUCAAAAGCAUCCGCGAUGUUGAAUUGCCCCAAACAAUGUGAUUGGCAGUUCUUACGCUUCUAUCGCUCUUUUUACGUGUAUCCGGACAGGCGCCAGCAAUAUAAUUAUCAUUUUAAAACAGAUAAUGCAAUGUUAAAAGAGCGCUUAUUGAGCCUAGCCGAACCUCUUAAUGAAAAAGCAUUGAAGUUAUUCAGCUCAAAUCAGAUUGUUGAACCGCAAAAAACAUCAACAGAAAUAGACGUAAAAGCUCAUUCAAUUCAAGAGUCACUGCUACCUGUGAACUUUAAGGAUUUUAGUCGCCACAUUCUCAAUCUGCCAGACAUUGUGGACAAAAUGAUAUCUUCUAAGGAAUACAGCGGUAUGAGCAGGGAAGACUGUGCGCAAAAGUAUUACAGAGCUUUUUAUACGGAUCCGAAAAUGCGUAAAAAGUACAAAUACAAACUAAAACCCUGUCCUUCCAAAAUACGCAAUAAUCUCCUUGCUACGGCAAGUAACGUGAAGCAAUUGAAACCUUUGAAUGACCCACCCGAAUCGCCUCAAAAUAAUGCAGAUAUUGCAUCCCUUAUACAACGCAUACAAAUAGUUAUACCCAUUGAGAACAUUAAUUACGAGUUCCCAGUUUCGUUUCAAACAUUCCAGAAAUAUAUUAACUACGAUGAACUGAUAGUUGAACUCGCGGUUCGGAGUAAAAAUUCCACAGCAAUACUGGCUGAUAAAAAGAUGUGCCUAAAUUUGCUAAAAGACUUCUAUUAUUCUUUCUACAAAGAUGGCGAAAUUCGCUCUAAAUAUACAUACAAUUUUAAUAGAGCUCCAAAAAACUUGCAAAUAAAUUUGAACGCUAUGGCAGUUCGACUUAACAAAGUCGGUGAAAGCGAAGAAUUGGCAAUGGUUGAUCCAAAGCCAAAUACCGGAAAUAUGCCAAUGUCUAUUCCUGCAGUUUUUACUAAUACUUUGCCAACGCAGACAAUCCAGAGUUGUGUCGAUGAAGGUCCAAUGUUGUCACCUGAGCAAGUACUUAAAAAUGGUAAAGAUCUACCUGAUGCAGGUAUAGCAACCAAUUCAUUAAACACCGAGACACUUGCGUCUUUUGACCAAGCCAGAAAAGCAGCGAUCAAAAGCAAAACUAAACUAAACGUCGUGAAGGCAUUGAACUUGUUGAAUCCAAAUCACAUUGUUGAACCGCAAAAACGCUCAACAGAAACAGAAUUCAAAGCUCACUCAAUCCCAGAACCACCGCUACCUGUGAACUUUAAGGACUUCAGUCGGCACAUUCUCAAUCUGCCAGACAUUGUGGACAAAAUGAUGUCUUCUAAAGAAUACAGCGGUAUGAGCAGGGAAGAAUGUGCGCAAAAGUAUUACAGAGCUUUUUAUACGGAUUCGAAAAUACGUAAAAAGUACAAAUACAAACUAAAACCCUGCCCUUCCAAAAUACGCAAUAAUCUCCUUGCUAUGGCAAGUAACGUGGUACAAUUAAAACCUUUGGAUGACCCACCCAAUUCACCUCAGCAAAAUGUUGCUUCCCGUAUAAAAAGUGAUCAUAUAAUUAUAUCCAAGGAAAACAUUAGAAAAUCUCAAGAAGACAUUGAGAAGGCAUUGAAUUUAUUAAGUCCCAAUCAGAUUGCUGAGCCGCAACAAACCUCAACAGAAACAGAUCUAAACUCCUAUUCAGUCCAAGAAGCACCACUCCCUGUGACCUUUAAGGAUUUUAGUCAGCUAAUUAUGAAUCUGCCAGAUAUUGUGGACAAAAUGUUGGGCUCUAAGGAAUAUAGCGGUAUGAGCAAGGAAGAAUGCGCAAAAAAGUAUUAUAAAGCUUUUUAUACGGAUUCGAAAAUACGUAAAAAGUACAAAGUCAAAAUUAAGCCCUGUCCGUCCAAAAUACGUAGAAAACUUCUUGCCAUAGCAAGUAACCCAAAACAAUUAAAACCUUUGGAUGUGCCACCCGACUUACCUCAGAAAGAUACAGACGUUGCAUCCCGUAUACAAAGCGAACAAAUGGUUAUAUCCGAAGAGAACAAUAGCACAUCAAAUCCAAACGUCGUGAAUGCAUUGAACUUAUUGAGUCUAAAUCAGAUUGUUGAACCGCAACAAACCUCAACAGAAAAAGACCUAAACGCCUAUUCAAUACAAGAAGCAUCACUCCCUGUAAACUAUAAGACUUUUAGUCGGCACAUUCUCAAUCUGCCAGAUAUUGUGGAAAAAUUGUGUUUAAAAGAAUACAGUGGUAUGAGCAGGGAAGAAUGUGCGCAAAAGUAUUACAAAGCCUUUUAUGCGGAUCCGAAAAUUCGUAAAAAGUACAAAUACAAACUAAAACCCUGUCCUUCCAAAAUACGCAAUAAUCUCCUUGCUACGGCAAGUAACGUCGAAUUGGAUCCUUUGGAUGACCCACCCGACUCGCCACAGAAUAAUGCAGACAUUGCUCCCCUUAUACAAGCCGAACCAAUAGUGAUACCCAUUGAGAACAUUCAUUACGAGUUCCCAGUUUCGUUUCAAACAUUCCAGAAAUAUAUUAAUCAUGAUGAAAUGAUUGUUGAACUCGCGCUUCGUAACACAAAUUCCACAGCAACAUUGGCUGAUAAGCAGAUUACCAUAAAUUUGCUAAAAGACUUCUACUAUUCUUUCUACAUGAAUAGCGAAAUUCGCUCUCAGUUUAAAUACAAUUUUAAUAGAGCACCGAAAACGUUGCAAACCAGUUUAAAUGCCAUGGCCAUUCGACUGGACAAUAUAGAUGAAAGCGAAGGAUUGACAAUGGUUGAUCCAAAGCCAAAUACCGGAAACAUGUCACUGUCUAUUCCUGCAGUUGUUACUAAUUCUUUCCCAACGCAGACAACCGAUAACUGCGUUGAUGAAGGGCCAAUGACGACACCUGAGCGUACAGCGCUCAAAAGCAAAACUAAACAAAACGUCGUGACUUUUGUGCCAACAAAUUUGCGGGAAUACAUAACUUGUAUGCUGAAGUGUCCGCAAAAAAGGCUUGAAGUGGAAAAGUAUUUUUUAAGCACAUUUGAUAAGCGGGAAGAGCUCAAAAACGCUGAAGAUCAAUUUUUUGCUGACAAUAGUGUGGAACACACAAUUCAGUACCUGCUCCAUAAUACGCACGGUCGAGCAAUGCAUAUUUGGCACGUACUCUCGAAGCUGAGCCUUGAGGAGUUUAGAGCUUAUACAGGCAUAUAUAAUGCACAGGAAUUCUACGAGAAUAAUAACAUCUUAACGCUUUGCUAUAAGCACGUUAUUGAAAACGGUUGUUGGCCUUUAAAUUUGUAUGUGAAAAUGGAAACGUUCCGCCAACUCCUACAAACCAAAGGCAUAGAAAUGCCACUUUACGAAUUUGAGCACAUUUCGCCAAAAAUUCUGCAUUGGUCUGAACUGCAGCUUUAUACGAACUUUGACGAAAUAGUCGCAUCGAAUUAUUCUUAUCAAACUUCCAAGGUAAUCAAAGAUUCUGUGGGUCUACUCAAUGAAAAGGAAAAGCUGUACUCUCAGUGUUGGCUCCAUAAUCAAUGGAUACACCAAGUUCCAAAAAUUACAGAGACCGUGAUGAUGGUGGCUGAACAGCUUUAUAUAAUGACGACUGCAAUCUAUGAUCCGUUGACAGCUUCGCAUGUACCAGCGGCGCCUCCCUUGUGUUCACCCACACUAAUGAAAAGCGAACCUUCCCUUCAUGUUGUUGAUAGCGCACCUACAGUUGAUAAGGCUGUUGCUACUAUUGCUUGCUCACCGGACCUUUUUCCAGUCGAUUCUAGUGGCGAAACAGUGGUACGGGAGACAUCGAAUGCAGCUUUGUUAACAUCAACCGAUCCACAAAUGGGAAUUUCUAUAUGUCCGCCUACUCAACUUGAUUCCUCCCGAAUUGUAAAUACUACUGGCGCAGAGGCCACUACGGCAGUGCACAAUAUUCCAAAUGAAAGUCCCAUGCCAGUUGAUAAACUUACUGCCCAAUGUGGCCAACAGAUUAAGCAAGAGCCAAUUAAAUGCCUGGAUAAGUUGCGCUUUGAUUUAAACAACAGUGAAAGCGACGAUUACGAUUGUGAAAGAAUUAACUCGGAGGAGAAUAUCAUAAUCAUUGACGGCGAAUCAGACAAUUCGGGUGGAGAAUUGCAAUGUUUUGAAAUACCAAAAGGUCGUGACUGCACAUUGCCGAACGCCUGUGUAGAUAUUCCUGAUCACACUUCAAUGUUGGUUGAUGAUAAUGAAUCUACGUCGGGAGAGGUUCAACAGAAUUCUGCAAAUAUUGUGGAGCAAGCAAAAACGGACUUAUUGAAAACUGGAGAACUGGAAGCUUUCAAGGCUUCGGCUGCAGAUCAGCGUGUUGCAUUGGCUAUCCAAUUACCAAAAGGACCCUUAUUCACUCGUCCAGCGUUAGCGCGAACUUCGGGAAGGAAACGAAAACUUGCGCUUGAUAAUGUACCUCAGCUAAGACAUGAGUUUCGACCCUUGCCUUUAAACGCAAUCUGCCGCAUCGAAACCUUAAUUGAAGGCUCAAGCCCAGCUCCUUCUCCGCCAAAUGAGCAGUCACAACAGCCACCAUUACAACCAACCAUUACUGUUUCGCAGGUUUUGGCAACUGAUAAUUCGAUAUUCGAUUCGACGCAGAUAAGAGUGGCUUUAGGGGAACAAAUGGACGCAUCGCGAAAGGUAAUUGAUAUUGCGACGGAUAAUAUAGUAAAUGAUGAAAUCGAUCAGGUGGUAAACCCCAUACCACUGCAGCCUUCCCCAAGCACUGUUGUGUUGUUCCGCAAUUUGAAGAGUUUCAUUUUUGUUAAAUCGCUAACAUUAUCGCACAUGAGCCAAUAUAAUCUGAACAGCAAUGGACUAGGGAAAAUGUAUCAGGAGGCGGUCAUCGAGCUAAGUGGCCAGCGAUGUAAUAUUUAUGGGCCCCUAUUGCACGCGCUCUUCCCACAUUGCACGACCAGCUUACUCGUCGACUUAAAAUUUUUACUGCAUAAUCUGGAUGAAUUCCAUUACAAGUAUAGCACCCGCGUGGUAAAGACUGAGGACUUACGCAAGCGCGUGCUAUACAAAUUCAUGAGAACAGCUCCCAUGUUCGUGCAUUUCUCUCUGAAAUUCGAGAAUGAGAUGCGUGAGAAUGCUUCCUGUAACAUUAUCGAAGAAAAUAAUCUGGUGGUCAGGAGGCGCAAGCCUGGCUUUAGCCUAACGGCUGCCAUUAAACCGGAAAUACUCGAACGCAUGAAAGAAGUGAAUCGUUUACUUUAAUGUCUAAAGUUAAGCAUCAACACGUUUGUGAAAUAAAUGUUAUUGAAUAAUGUUCCCUCUUCUAUCUUUGCAGAGGAACACAUAGCGGCCCUUAUACAAUUAUCCAAGCAAACAUAACUAUUCCACCUGUCCGUCUGCAUUGUUGUUUAACUGUUUUACUACAUAUAGUGAUUGUAUUUAUUAAAAUAAAAUGGCAUACCUUGAAUGCUUUUAUAGAUAUGUACAAAAGAAUGCUCGUAACCAUUAAAUUAUGUUUAAAAUUAAAUUAAA